UAAAAAGAGCUUGACGACCGUUUUUCAUAGUUUAGUUCUACAGCAAAGAAUCUUUAGUUACCAUGUCUAGCACAUAUUUUAACGAUAUCUGGCAUCAGUCCCAGCAUGAAUGCGAGCUGCUGUCUACAAUUGAUUACGAAAGGCAGCAUCAGGAUGUGGAGACAACUGUGGCUACCAUGAAUGCAACUGUUGGCUCCGUCGCCGCAGACGCGGAUGCCAAGGCCUUGCUGCAGUCAAGUCUGUACGAGUUCUAUUUGCGCUAUAUAUGCCUCAGCAAUCGAUUGGAGGAUGUUUAUGAUAAUAUGAUUCAGCCCCAGAAACGGCAGUUGGUGCGUAAGCUGCUGGAUGCUUGUCUUGGUCGUGUGGUGGAGCUUAAGCAUGAUCUGGUAAACAUUGAUCUAAUGGAGUUCAGCUACAACGAUGAGGUAGUGGAGCGUCUGCGUCUCACUCCCAUGGAGACAGAACUAAGGAUUCCACGCUACUUUCUUCGUGAACGUCAGCAGGAGCUGGAAUUUCGUAAGAAGACCAUGCAAGAAAUCCUAGUGAAACUCGGUUGGCUCGAGGAGCAUGAGAUGGAAGAGACGGUUACCACAGAGAUCGAAGCUAUACGGAUGCUCCAAAUGCAUGAGCGAGCGCGCCAAGGACGUUUACGUGCCCACUUUAUGAAGGAGAUCCGUAUCCUUAAGGAAAAGGGAAAAUCAGAAGAGCGCAGUGAAAAGGAGCGUAGUGACUCUGGUCUUUUGGCUGCCAUGAAGAUUCAGAAAAUGUGGCGAGGCCAUACAGCCCGAAGGAUAACUCGCCGGCGCAAGAUGGAGGAGAUGAUCCUGAUUGGUAUGCUUCCACCUCCUCCGGCUGUUGUUAAAGAACGGGCCGAAAAGCUCGAAAAGCUACAGCACAACGAGAAGCGGUAUCAAGCGCAGGCUCUUUAUGGCAAACAGUUUGAGGAACGGCAGCGCGCACUGCAGGAGGAAAUCCGAGCGAAGCACGGCGCCAGCAUGAAAGAGGAUAUCGCCGAUGAGAUACGUGCUUGGGUCAAGGAUUGCUACGACAAAACGGGAAAGCUGCCGGACUUUCCCUCCGAGGAUCAAGGUGGGUCCUUGCACAUCUUUAGCAGACCUGGAACAGAAAGCGAGCAUAGCCGCUCGUCUGCUCGCUCCUCCAAGGAGUCGCGCAAGACCAAGUCUAAGUCACCGGCACGCAGUGGCGACCUGAAUGUCAACGAAAACCAGGAGGAGGAGGUAAGCUUUCAGCCGGCGCCCUCCGUCUGCCUUCCAGACAUCCGCGCGGAAAUAGAUCUUUUUAACGACACUUGGCGAGACAAAGAUGAAACUGGUGUGCUGAGCCAGGCGGCCUACGAGGACAUGAUAUACAGCGACAAGUACCAGGAGGUGGAGCUGGAGUUCCGUCGCGCCGUCGACGAUGUGAUGAGGCAAGAGAUUGAGUUGCUUCAGACGGCUGUCGGUAAGAAGGUAAAGAAAAGCAGCAAGAAGACUCGUCGAUCAGGUAAGAAGAGCAAAAAAAAGAAGGAGAAGGACUUGACACCGGAUAGAACUACAGAGUCGCUGUACGAAGAACUGGUCACAAAUGGUAUAAUUCGAAAAUAUCCGGAGCUGAGGAUAAAACAAUUUUUGGGCGACAAGGCGUUAACAGCAAGGAAUGGUACGAACCCCUCACCGGGCGACAUUCGUCAGAUCCUGACGGAGUACUGCAUCCUUCCGCUUGGAUCGGAUGCGAUUCACAACUGCACUCCCCUUAUACGCUCCAUUUUACUGGCUGGACCCAGAGGAUCUGGUAAAAAGGCCCUGCUCCACGCCAUUUGCACGGAAGUGGGAGCUGUGCUUUUUGAUUUAACUCCGGCUAAUAUAGUGGGAAAGUAUCCCGGCAAAUCUGGCCUCAUUAUGUUAAUUCAUCUGGUUCUAAAAGUGUCAAGGUUGCUUCAACCUGCCGUGAUUUAUAUGGGCGAUGCCGAGAGACCAUUUAUGAAAAAAAUUCCGAAGACUGAUCGCACAGAUCCUAAGCGGCUCAAGAAGGAUCUACCCAAGCUGAUCAAGAACAUUGCUCCUGAGGAUAGAGUGAUUUUCGUGGGCACAUCAAAUUUGCCGUGGGAGGCUGACCAAAAACUAAUGCAAUCUGUAUAUAAUCGGUUUAUCUAUAUUCCACGUCCUGAUUACGGAGCCAUGUCUCAUGCCUGGAAAACUUUACUGCACGAAUAUUCUGGUGGCAUUUCCAAUCUUGAUACCAGCGCCAUGGCAAAAAUAUCUGAUGGAUAUACCAUUGGAGCUAUCGAUGCUUGUCUCAAAGAGGUUAUGACCUGCAAGCGGAAACUCCAGUUGCGCACUCAACCACUGACCAAUGCCGAGCUUAUUAAUGUUCUGUGCUCACGUGAUCCUGUGUAUCGCGAGGAGGAGGAAGCCUUCGAGUCCUGGUGGUCGAAAACACCUCUCGGUCGCCGUCGUCAGCGAUUUUUAGAGCUGGAAGAAGAGCGAUUGCUGGAGGAGCAAGCUCAGGCAGCCAAACAAGGAAAUGGCAACAAAAAGAAAGGUCUCAGCUAA